AGAUAACUCUCCUAUGUUGAAAAAAUUAAUCAAUGAAUUAACUACUGCUUCUACUCAGCAAAUUUCCUCAAAAAAAUACUAUCACUUUGAAGAUGCAUCUAAUGCUUUAGUUGAUGAUAAAAUUAGAGAGCAUAUCCUUGAUCAAGAUAAAAUUAUAAAGCAUAUCCUCGAUCAAGAUAAAAUUACAGAG